AUGAAUGGUGCACCACCCUCCAAGUGGACUCUCCUAGUGGACGGAUCAAGUAAUGUGAAUGGGAGCGGACUUGGGAUAGUACUGAUCGCACCAGAGGGAGACAUAGUCCAGCGAGCAGUCCGAUGUGGGUUCAAGUGCAUGAAUAACGAGGCCGAAUAUGAGGCCCUCCUAACUGGACUUUCCUUGGCCAGAGAAAUGGGAGCAAAAAGGCUGGAAGUGAAGUCCGAUUCCCAACUCGUGGUCAACCAACUACAAGGCACGUAUCAAGCAUGCGACUCGAAGAUGGCAUCCUACUUGAGCAUGGUCAAAGAGCUGCAGGCCUAA